GUUCACCUGCUGCCGUUGUCGCCGCCGCCGCCGCUGCCGUGGCUGGAUGGGGGGCCGAGACCAGCCAGUGGCAACCAGAAGAAAGAAACGCGGCGGCGGCGACGCCGACACCCGCAUGACAAGUGUCCUGAUCCGCCUGCGAGUCCAACAAGGAGGAGGCAGCGAGGCCCGGCCCCCGCAGCCCCUGGUCUAGAGUAGCCGUAGUUGCUGCCGCGGCUGGGUUUCCCCGGGCAUUCGCCCCUCAGGUCUCUUUCAUACUCAGGACCCCCGCACUGCGCCAUGUUCAGGAAACUGAAGCAAAAGAUCAGCGAGGAGCAGCAGCAGUUCCAGCAGGCGCUGGCCUCUUCUCAGGCUUCUUCCAAUUCUUCAACACCAACAGGAGUCAGAAGUAGGACACCUUCAAUUACAGAGCAACUUGAUGAAGGUACACCCAAUAGAGAAAAUGCAUCUAUUCAAGCCACAAAAUCUCCCGACAGUGUUAAUGGAAGUGAGCCAGUGACUUCUCAGUCAGGUGACAUACAGUCUUUUGCACAGAAGCUCCAGCUCCGAGUACCUUCCGUGGAGUCUUUGUUUCGAAGUCCAAUAAAGGAAUCUCUAUUCCGAUCUUCUUCUAAAGAGUCUUUGGUACGGACAUCUUCCAGAGAGUCUCUGAAUCGACUUGACCUGGACUCUGCUGCUGCUGCCUUUGAUCCACCCUCUGAUAUGGAGAGUGAGGCUGAAGACUCUUUAGGAAAUUUAGACAGUCUCAACAAAGAACAUUUGAUUCAGUGGUUGCGAAGAAUGGAACGACGGUUGAAUGGCUACAAAGGCAAAUAUUCCGAGCUUGUUACAGCUUAUCAUACUCUUGAGAGGGAGAAAAAAAAGCUACAAGGUAUAUUAAGUCAGAGUCAGGAUAAAUCACUUCGGAGAAUUGCAGAAUUAAGAGAGGAGCUCCAAAUGGACCAGCAGGCAAAGAAACAUCUCCAAGAGGAGUUUGAUGCAUCUUUAGAAGAAAAAGAUCAAUAUAUUAGUGUUCUCCAGACUCAGGUUUCUCUACUGAAACAACGGUUACGGAAUGGUCCAGUGAAUAUUGAUUUCCCCACACCACUCCCUCAGAUGGACCCACAGGGUGAAGAUUGCUUUAAAGAGAAUACGGAGAAUGAUGCAGAUCCAGUAGUGGGAGAUGGAGCUUCUGUUAAAACAUUGGAAACACUUCAGCAACGAGUUAAGCGUCAAGAGAAUCUACUGCAGCGUUGUAAGGAAACAAUUCAGACACAUAAGGAGCAAUGUGCUCUGUUAAUCAGUGAAAAGGAGGCAUUGCAAGAACAACUAGAUGAAAGACUUCAGGAACUAGAAAAGAUUAAGGAGCUUCAUAUGGCUGAGAAGACUAAACUUAUCACUCAGUUGCGUGAUGCAAAGAACUUAAUUGAACAGCUUGAACAAGAUAAGGGAAUGGUAAUAGCAGAGACAAAACGGCAGAUGCAUGAAACCCUGGAAAUGAAGGAAGAAGAAAUUGCUCAACUUCGUAGUCGCAUCAAACAGAUGACUGCUCAGGGAGAGGAGUUACGGGAACAGAAAGAGAAGUCUGAAAGAGCUGCUUUUGAAGAACUUGAAAAAGCUUUGAGUACAGCUCAAAAAACAGAAGAAGCACGGAGAAAAAUGAAGGCAGAAAUGGAUGAAAAAGUAAAAGCUCUUGAGAAAAGUGAGGAGGAGCGCCACAGUCUUCAACAGGAAUUAAAUCGGGUGAAGCAGGAAGUUGCUGAUGUAAUGAAAAAAUCCUCAGAACAAAUUGCUAAACUACAGAAGCAUCAUGAAGAGAAGCUGGCCAGCAAAGAGCAGGAACUGUCCAAAAAGUUUCAGACCCACGAAAGGAAACUUCAGGAGCAAAUGAAAGUAGCUCUUGAAAAAAGCCAAUCAGAAUAUUUGAAGAUCACCCAAGAAAAAGAACAGCAAGAGUCCUUGGCCCUCGAAGAGUUAGAGUUACAGAAAAAAGCAAUCCUCACUGAGAGUGAAAAUAAACUUCAUGAUCUUCAGCAACAAGCAGAGACUUACCGAACUAGAAUCCUUGAAUUAGAAAGUUCUUUGGAAAAAAGUUUGCAAGAAAGCAAACAUUAUUCAGAGGAUUUGGCUAUUCACUUGGAAGCUGAAAAAAAUAAAUAUAAUGAAGAACUUACAGUCAUGGUUGAAAAACACAAGACAGAAUUAGAAGACUUGCAAAAUCAGCAGGAUAACCUUUGGGCUGAGAAAUUCCAAGACUUAAAGCAACAGUAUCAGACUGAAAUGGAAAAGCUAAGAGAAAAACAUGAACGGGAAAAAGAAACACUUUUGAAAGACAAAGAGAUUCUUUUCCAGGCCCACAUAGAAGAAAUGAAUGAAAAAACAUUAGAAAAGCUUGAUGUGAAACAAACAGAACUGGAAUCAUUGUCUUCUGAACUGUCAGAAGUAUUAAAAACCCGUGACAGAUUAGAAGAGGAACUUUCUGUUCUAAAGGAUCAAGCUGAUAAAGUGAAGCAGGAGUUAGAAGCCAAACUGGAUGAACAGAAAAAUCACCACCAGCAGCAAGUUGAUAAUAUCAUUAAAGAACAAGAGAUGUCUAUCCAGAGAACUGAGAAGGCAUUAAAAGAUGAAAUUAGUCAACUUGGUCUUCUUCUGAAGGAAAAAGAUAAGCAUUUGAAAGAACGUGAAGCCUAUGUGGAAAAGUUAGAGGCAGAUAUUAAAAGGUCUGAAGGGGAACUCCAGCAGGCCUCUGUAAAGCUGGAUCAUUUUCAGUCAUACCAGAGUACCACACAUGAGCAGGCAAAAGCAUAUGAAGAUCAGCUGACCCAAUUGCAGCAGAAGUUGUUGGAUUUGGAAACAGAAAGAAUUCUUCUUACCAAACAGGUAGCUGAAGUUGAAAUGCAAAGGAAAGAUGUUUGUACUGAGUUAGAGUCUCAUAAAAUUAAGAUACAGGACUUAAUGCAGCAACUUGAAAACCAGAAUAAUGAAAUGGAGGAAAAGAUAAAAUCUCUAACCCAACUUUAUGAGUCCCAACUUAAAGGUAGUAAUGUAGAGCAGGAAAAGACAAAACAAAUCUUGAUGGAAAAAGAAAAUGUAAUUUUACAGAUGAAAGAAGAACAGAGCAAAGAAAUUGAAAUACUCAAACAGAAAUUAUCAGCAAAGGAGGGCAGUAUUAGUAUGUUACAUGAGGAAUAUGAAACCAAAUUUAAAAAUCAAGAAAAAAAGAUGGAAAAAUUUAAGCAGAAAGCAAAGGAGAUGCAAGAAACACUGAAGAAAAAAUUGUUGGAUCAGGAAGCCAAACUUAAAAAAGAGCUUGAAAAUACUGUUCUGGAGCUUAAUCAGAAAGAAAGACAGUUCAAUGCCAAAAUUUUGGAAAUGACACAGGCUAGCUCAGAUGGAAUCGAUGAUGCAGUGUCGAGACUGGAAACAAACCAAAAGGAGCAAAUAGAGAGCCUUAAUGAGGUACAUAAGCGAGAACUUAAUGAUACUGUAUUAGUCUGGGAAAAGAAACUUACGCAGCAGGCCGAGGAACUUCAAGAGAAACACGAAAUUCAGUUACAGGAGAAAGAGCAAGAUGUAGCAGAGCUGAAGCAAAAGAUCAUUGUAUUUGGGUGUGAAAAAGAAGAGAUGAACAAGGAAAUAGAGUGGUUGAAGGAAGAAGCCACUAAGCAGAAUGCAGUAUUGAAGGAAUUACAGCAACAGUUAAACUUGAAAUCUGCUCAUGUGAAUUCUCUCUCAGAAAAUGAAACUAAACUGAAAACACAACUGGAAAAGCUGGAGGUUAACUUGAAUAAUGCUUUGAAGGAAAAUGCUUUUUCUCAACAGCAAAUAGUUGAUUUACAGAUGCUAGCAGAAAAAGAGAAGCUUAAGGUUUCUGACUUGACUGACAAGUUGAAAACCACAGAUGAAGAAUUCCAGAGUUUGAAAUCUUCACAUGAGAAAAAUAGGAAAAACCUAGAAGAUAAAAGCUUGGAAUUCAAAACACUAUCUGAGGAACUAGCAUUUCAGCUAGAUAUGUACUCUAAGAAAACUGAAGCUUUAUUGCAAGCUAAAACAAAUGAACUAAUCAACAUUAGCAGUAGUAAAAUUAAUGCCAUUUUCUCUAGAAUUUCCCAUUGUCAACAUCACACAACUAAAGUAAAGGAGGUACUACUAAUUAAAACUUGCAAAGUUUCUGAAUUAGAAGAACAACUUAGACAGCUAACAGAAGAGCGAAAUACUCUAAGUAGUUCUUUUCAGCAGGCUACCCAUCAGUUAGAAGAAAAAGAAAAUCAAAUUAAGAGCAUGAAGGCUGAUAUUGAAGGUCUUGUAACAGAGAAAGAAGCCUUACAGAGGGAAGGAGGUAAUCAGCAGCAGGCUGCCUCUGAAAAAGAGUCUUGUAUCACACAGUUGAAGAAAGAAUUAUCAGAAAACAUCAAUGCUGUCACACUGAUGAAAGAAGAGCUUAAAGAAAAAAAAUCUGAGAUUGGCAGUCUGAAUAAACAACUGACUGAUUUGAAUGCUCAGCUUCAGAACAGUAUCAGCCUAACUGAAAAAGAAGCAGCCAUUUCAUCACUAAGGAAGCAACAUGAUGAAGAACAACGUGCAUUGCUGGAUCAGGUGCAAGAUUUAUCUUUGAAGAUUGAAACUCUGAGUAAAGAGAAAAUGUCUGCUCUUAAAGAGGAAGAUCACUUGUCCAAUAAAUUCUCAGAAUGGAAGAAGAAAGCACAGUCAAAGUUCACAAACUAUCAAAAUACUAUUAAAGAUUUGCAGAUGCAGCUUGAGUUAAAAAUAAAGGAAGUCAGUGAAAAGGAUGAAGAAAUAAUUUUACUGAAGGAAAACUGUGAUCAGCAAAAUAAAAGAUUUGAAUGUAUAAAGGUUGAGAUGGAAGAUAAGAAGAACAAAAUGGAGAAAAAGGAGUGUGAUUUAGAGACUGAGUUAAAAAUGCAAACAGCAAGAAUUAUGGAAUUAGAAGAGCAAGUUUCUCAGAAAGCAGUUGAAAUUGAGUCCUUAAGUGAAAUUCUUCAAAAUUAUGACCAACAAAAGGAUACUGAACAGAAUGAAAUGGUUCAGAAACUUCAACAUAUUCAAGAGCUAGUGGAAGAAAAGGAUAAUAGGGCUAAAGAAGCUGAAGAAAAAGUUUUAGGACUUGAAAAGCAAGUGUCAUCCAUGAAAUCUGAACUUGAAACUAAGAAGAAAGAAUUGAAAGUUGUGACUUCCAGUAUGAAAAGCAAAGAAGAUGAAUUAAAGGCAUUGGAAGAUAGACUUGAAUCAGAAAGUGCUGCAAAAUUAGCAGAGCUGAAGAAGAAAGCUGAACAAAAAAUUGCUGCUAUCAAGAAACAGUUGUUGUCUCAAAUGGAAGAGAAAGAACAGCAGUAUAAAAAAGACACCGAAAACCAUUUGAGUGUGCUAAAUACAAAACUAAGAGAAAGAGAGACAGAAAUUCAUACCUUGGAAGAAAAACUUAAGUCAAUAGAGAGUUUACCACAAUCAGAAGCAUCAGUUGUACCCAGAUUUGCAAAAAAUCUGGCAGCUUGUACUGAGCAAGAAGCAGAUUCUCAAGGCUGUGAGCAGAAGGCUGGUGAAGAGCAAAUCAGUACUUUACAAAGAAAUUUAAUUGAAAAAGAAAAACUGUUGCAGAAGCUAGAGCAGGAAAGAAUAGAGACAAUGUCUUCUCAUUCUGAUUUGCAGAGCAAAUACCAGGAGCUUUUAAUUAAGAUCGAAAAUGCCCAAGCAAAGCAACAUGAGGAUCAAGUUAUGAUAAAUCAUCUUCAAGAAGAACUUGAAUUAAAAAACAAGAAAUAUUCCUUGAUAGCAUCCCAGCAUGUGGAAGAAGAGGGAGGUAAGAAUGACAUGGGGACAAAGCAAAACAUGGAAAACAUGAUUGAUGAUGUCCAGAAAACCCUCCAGGAGAAGGAACUAACUUGUCAGAUCUUGGAGCAAAAGGUAAAAGAAUUGGACUCCUGCUUAAUAACAGAGAAGGAAGCACAUAGAGUUGAAAUGGAAGAAUUGUCCUUAAAAUAUGAAAAAUUACAGGCUUCACAACAGCAGAUGGAUGGAAAAAGUAAACCCACAGAGGUUUUAGGAGAAAGUACUGAGGAAAAGCCCAAAUCACAUGCGGGCCAACCCAAAUUGCUUAGGAGCACGGAGGCUGAGCACAGUGACCUUGAGUUUAAAUUAGCAGGAGCAGAGCGGGAGAAGCAGAAGCUGGGCAAGGAAAUUAUUAAAUUGCAGAAAGAUAUUCGAAUGUUGCGGAAGGAACAUCAGCAAGAGUUGGAUAUAGUAAGGAAAGAAUAUGAACAAGAAAUGGAAGAGAAAAUCAAACAGGAGCAGGAAGAUCUUGAGUUGAAGCACAAUUCCACAUUAAAACAGCUGAUGAGGGAGUUUAACACACAGCUGGCACAAAAGGAACAAGAAUUGGAAAUGACAAUAAAAGAAACCAUAGAUAAAGCUCAAGAAGUAGAGACUGAACUUUUGGAAAGUCAUCAAGAAGAGACAAAUCAGUUACAUAAAAAAAUUGCAGAAAAGGAAGAUGAUCUGAAAAGAACAGCCAAAAGAUACGAAGAAAUCCUUGAUGCUCGUGAAGAAGAAAUGACUGCAAAAGUAAUGGAUCUACAGACUCAACUUGAGGAGCUGCAGAAGAAAUAUCAGGAAAGGGUACAGAUGGAAGAGAGUCCUGGCAAUGAUAAAGUAACAAUUAUGGAAUUACAGACACAACUAGCACAGAAGACAACACUAAUCAGUGAUUCAAAGUUGAAGGAGCAAGAGUUCAGAGAACAGAUUCACAAUUUAGAGGACCGUUUGAAGAAGUAUGAAAAGAAUGCAUAUGCAACAACUGUGGGUACACCUUACAAAGGUGGCAACUUAUACCAUUCUGAUGUUUCACUCUUUGGAGAACCUACCGAGUUUGAGUAUUUGCGAAAAGUGCUAUUUGAGUAUAUGAUGGGUCGUGAGACUAAGACCAUGGCAAAGGUUAUAACCACUGUACUGAAGUUCCCUGAUGAUCAGACUCAGAAAAUUUUGGAAAGAGAAGAUGCUCGGCUAAUGUAUACUUCACCUCGCAGUGGUAUCUUCUGAGUAAACCAUCAGUCUGUGCUUAGUUAGCAUGUGUCAUGGCUCCGGUCUUCAUCUUGAAGAAAGGGCGAAUGAUGUUGGGCAAGUAAGAAGACUGAACAUUUGCUCAUCUUUGAGAAUGAAGCUGUUCUUCAGGGCCCCUCAGAUAGCCAAAAGAUCAAGAAAAAUCUGACAUUGGCCCACAGAUAUAUUGCAGACUGCCUUUAAAAUAGAUUGUAUCAGUGGAGAAUGGUGAUAGUUUUUUUCUUUUUUCUUCAGAUUUUUUUGUUGGGAAGAGUUUUAUGUUUCUUAAAGGAUAUCUUGAAUGACUUAACCUGAUUUAUGGGCUCACUUAAUGUUCUUUUCACCCAUUCUUCUUGACCCUCUUUUUAAAGAACUGCUUGCCUUUCCUAUUUAUUUUUAGGGUGAUUUUUAAAAAAAAAUACUUGUGCAAUAUAUUUUGAGGUGAAACCUAGUAGAUUUUUUCUGAUAAAUUAAAACAUUUAAUUGACUAUUUUAUCCAGAUUGAUUUGUUGAAUAUUUGCUAAAGACUAGUUCUUUAACCUACGACAUAUGAGAAAUCCAAACAGCAGUACCUCAUUGUUUACUUAGCUUUUGUACUUAUAUUUUCCAGAGGAAAAAUACUACUGUAAAUUGUAAAUAGUCAAUACAUGACUGUAUUGUAUGCAAAUCUGUGACUGUUGGCAGUGUCAUCCUGGAGGAACAGAAAAAUAAAGUUUA